AAAAAAUCUAAAAGGUGUGCCUCAUACCUGACACCUAGACAAACACUUUACAGUUGGCUUCAUGACUGUACAUCACUCCCUUCAAAUCCUAUUGAGCUUUAAACUGUGAUAUAUUUUGUGUAUGGGCCUAUUCAGUAAUGAAAUACAUGGCAAAUUUAAAUGUGAUUUAAUAGUUUAUUUUAAUAAAUUUCAGAAAUCUAAGAGGUGUGCCUUGUAGCUGACACCUACAUGAACACUUUACAGUUGGUUAUAUGCCUGUAAGUCAUUCCCUUCAAAUGCUAUUGAAGAUAGAAACGUGUAUAACAAUGUCAUAUGUACCUUUAGAGACGGUCCUUUAAUUUCCGCAUAUCUGCGAAUAUCGAACGUCCAACGUCAAACCACCUUCAUGCCAGUCUCUAUGUGAUGUCUGAAACUGCAUAGAGGUGUGUUUGCGUUUGUUCAAGUUAGGCUCGCAGCACGCAAAACACGCUGAUGAACAUAAUUAAGAUCUCUUUCUUGGUGACCACGUUCUGAAAUCUGUGCUCAAACAGGCCUCGUCAAGAUGCGCUUUAUAAAAUCUCAACCCAUGCAUAGCCUCUUACAAAUAACAUCCAGUAGUGAGCUUGGCCUUAGAGGGAGUUUUACGUUGUCAUCAUCAUCAUCGUCAGGGAUAAUUUAUGGAUUAAUACCUCUGGAGUUACACGAACAACUCCUUGAUCACGAGAACUACCAAAAUCGAACGAAUGGGAUAGAAGAGCUGAAAACCAUCCUGUCCGAGCUGGACUUGAAAACCGUUUCAUUUGACAGUAUUGAGGAAUUCAUCUACUUUUUACACAGGCUCCUGGACGACACCAACUUUAAAGUCUUGUACGGCACUUUACAGGUCCUGAACCUCCUUGUUCAAAAGCUGGAGUACGAUGUGGACCGAUAUUACAAACAGAUCGCGCAUGUGGCCCUGAAAACCCUGGGGGACACACGCGCCGUUCCUCGGAACGAAUACAUGAACGUUUUUCGGCAGCUCAUGAGGAUCGUAGAGCCGCAGAAAAUUCUGGACCUUGUAACGGGACACUUGAAGCACAAAAACUCGAGAGUAAGAGAGGAUGUUCUGAACAUCAUUAUAGCUGCCAUGCUGGCGCACCCCAGGAAAUACUUCAAUAUCCCGCAUCUGUGCUUUCUGGUCGCUCCUUAUCUUGUAGACAGCAAUAAGAGGGUGCGACAAGCAGCCCUGGAGCUCUUCGCUGUUUUCGAUUACUGUCUUGACACGGGCAAUAAACAGCUGAUCAUGAAGGCUAUAGACAGGGUGGAGUUCACCGGUGACGCUGAGGGCCUUAUGGCUGCCGUACAGGCACGAAGGGCCAGGCACGUCCUUCCUCGGCUAUCUGCGGAUGGUACGGUGGAAUACGCGCUGGCUAUCCCCAAACCUGGCCAGCGACGCACGACCCAGUUCGGCCCUGAAGCCGAUCUGGACUGGAUCCUUAACAGAGGCAGAUCGAACAGCACGAGGAGUCACAGGACGGACGUGUACUCGGAAGGGCUGGAUAUCUACAGCAGUCUUGGAUCCCUGACUGAUGAGAUACCAUUACAGAGGAGUAUAGUGAGAGCUGGCAAGGGCAAAAACAAGCUACCCUGGGAGAGGUCGAGACUCCCGUCUGCAGGAAAUCAGGAGCCCUGCAGCGCAUUGAAUGGAAAGUUGUCAGACAAGUCAACUCUUGAAGAUCUCACUACCUCCAUGAGGCUGAAUCAGGAAACUUGUGUCACACAGUCUGGCAAGGCUGGCUUCACCAGACGUUCUCCAAUGCACGCUUCUCGGACUAGCGUGGCAUCCCCCUCAUCAUUCCCUCAGGCUCUGAACGCAGUCAGGUCUUCUCCACCCAUCUCGCAGCUGUUUGUGCAGGAUGCGUGGAACCAGUUAAGUAAGUGUAGCAGGAAUCUCCACCUUGACCUGACUGUCAUGAACCUGCAGGAACCAGAUGAGGAGCCAGUGGACAAUGAGGAGUCAAACCUGGACUCAUCCUCUCUGACCUCUCCGUCCCUGACGAGCCCAAUGAGUGAGAGCAACCUGUCCAGCCGCUAUUCUCCUACCACUCCCACCAUCAAUGGCACCAAGAGCAGGGACUCGAUAUGCAUCCCUACAGGCUUCCAUAGCAGACACACACUGCCAUGGUGGAGAAGAGCUCCCAUUCUGACCAGAACACAACCAUCUCGCUCCAACAGCUCUGAUGAAAUCAUACCUGUUACUCUAAAGAAGGAUCCCAACGAGCAGGUGGAGUUGCGGCCAUUUUCCAGACCGGAGCUUGUCCUCACUCAGAGCUUCAGACUGCUUAACUCGGAUAACUGGGAGAAAAAAAUCAAGGGGCUCAUGUUCCUGCACUGUUUGGCACGGUAUCACUCUGACGUGCUUCAUAGUAGGCUUCAUGACAUCUGCCUUGCUCUCAUUCAAGAGGUUCGUAACCUGCGCUCCAGAGUAUCCCACAUCGCCAUUGUGACUUUAGGAGAGCUGUACUCUGUCCUGCAGAAGAGAAUGGACCAGGAGCUGGAAGCAACAGCCAAAGUUCUGUUACACAGAGCAGGAGAGACCAUUGCGCUCAUUAGGCAGGAUGUGGAUGCAGCACUGAACAGCAUGGUGCAGAACUGCACACCUACACGCAGCAUGAACGCCCUGCUUGCUGGAGGACUCGGUCACUUGAACGCAGCCAUAAGGAAGUGCACCGCUCAGCACUUGACUACUCUGGUCAAGAAAAUCGGCACCGGGCGCUUAUUGUCUGGAGUGAAAGAUCUCACGGACCGAAUCUUACCCGCUGUCUCCAAGCUGGCCCAAGACUCUUCACAAGAAACCAGAUAUUUUGGCCGGCAAAUGCUGCUGUUCUUGUCUUCUCACCGAGACUUUGAUAAAAUGGUGGAAAAGUACAUCCCUCCCAAAGACCUGGCAACCAUCAGGAACACCGUUGUCACUCUGAAGGCCAAGGGACCGGGUGAGAUGCCUCAGUACACUCUUUCAGCUCGAGGCAGGUGCUCUGGCGGCGGAAUGGUGCGUGCCUCGUCUCUCACUCGAGGGCCUCUGAUUUCCAGCAGCAAAAACAACAAGAAAGCUCAGCUCCGCAGCAUCGUGGACGAGACCGAGUAUGUCAAGCAACUCAAAGUCCUGCUGUCUUCAAAAGACUUCCGGGAACGCAUCAAGGGCAUCGAUCAGCUGGUGGCCAACUGUGAGGAAAACUCAUAUAUGGUCAUGGGCAACAUCUUCCCGGUGUUUGAUGCUUUUAAAGAACGGCUGCAGGAGUCAAACAGAAAAGUGAACCUCUAUGCGUUGGAGGCCUUACAGAAGAUUAUCACCUUACUUAAAGACAACUUGGCCCAAGCGGUCCAUAUCUUCAUCCCAGCUGUACUGGACAACCUCAACUCGAAGAAUAAUGCCAUCUACACGGCUGCGACGGGCGCCAUACGUGCUCUGAUCAAUAACAUCAACAACACGGCUGUACUUCUUCGGCCGUUUUGCAUAAAGGCGACGUUUCUCAGUGGGAAGGCUAAACUGGACCUUGUCAAUAGAGUUGCAGAGCUGGUCAGAGAGCUGUACCCCUGCAAGCCACAGCUGGUUGAACACAAAGCACUCCCUCUGCUUUGGCACCUCCUGGGUUCCUCCUGCAAGAGUGGCACAGUCCACGGCCAGAGCAGCACCAUGAGAAGAGCUACCACCAACCUGUGCCAAGCGCUGCAUGCUCACAUGGGCCCCAUGCUGCUAAAUCAAGCUGCUUCACAACCUUUCAACAUCAUAAAGAGCCUGAAGGAGAAUCUGCAGACCCUCACACCCCUCUGAGAUCCACGUUAGAACAUACCCCCAGCUGACAAACUACUUGAAAAUAGAGAUGUUCUCACAUUUCUCACAGUGCCUGCACUUUAAAAAUAAUAAUAAUAAUAAAAAAAAUAAAAAAGAAUCACACUUUAA